ACACAAGGACAAAGAAUUAGGUCAGAAAGAGCGGUGAGAGCUUCACUUGAGUGUAUGAUUCAGCGAGAUAUCCUCAUCAUGUCAUAUGUCCCUCGUAUAUGGAACAAGGCUAGGUCUGUGCAGAGAGGAUUACAGCAUACGAAAACAGCAAACAUUACAGAGAUCGCUUCAAUGCAUAGAGGGUUAACACACAAUGACGAACGAGGCCAUUGGGAGUAGGUCAACACUGAGGGAACGCUAAUCAAAGGCUGGUGAUCCCAACGUUUCCCAUUGAUAAACAGAUAUACAUGUUGAGUGGGCUGAAAAGAAAAUAAGUUUGUAAAUUACGAGAAGUCGACGAAGAUUUGUUUCAGCACUGCUUGAACGAUGCCAUCGCCAAAGGUCGCCAUCUGCUAUCCAACCACAGAUCUUUUUGAAAUAAUUAAGAGAGAGCUACCUGAUGCCGAUGUACAGCUGUUCACUAAGCCUUUGUCAGAUAACCCCAAAGAAGAGGAGGUGGCGUUUUUGUCUCAGGUUGAGGUUCUGUUUGGAUCGCCUCGAAUGAUGGUUGACGUCAUCCCGCUAUGCACCAGUCUCAAGUGGAUUCAGUUACCUCAAGCUGGUGCGGAUAAAAUACUGCAUCUUGUAUCGGAAAAUACGGUCAAGAAAAAUAUUAUUGUCACCCGCAACGGAGAGUCAUUUGCCAAGCCACUGGCCGAGCACAUCAUGUGUCAGAUACUGACCACAAACAAAGGUCACUACAAAUGGUAUGACCAGCAGAAGAGGGCAGUGUAUGAGAGAGAGAGCAUUCAUUCCAAGCCUCUGUCACUGACAUCAGUUGGGAUACUAGGACUGGGCUGUAUUGGACGUGAAGCCGCCAGAACGUGCAAGUUCUUUGGGAUGAAGGUAUGGGGCAUGACCCGGACUGAAGUAAAAGAAGAUAAGAAGUCCCCGUAUGUUGACGAGUACAGGACAGAGAGUUCGUUACAUGAAAUCCUGUCUGAAUGUGACUAUAUCGUCAGCAUACUACCAUCGACGGAACAGACUCGGGGCUUGUUGUCGGGAGAUGCAUUCUCUUACUGCAAAAAUAAGAAGACUACCUUCAUCAACGUUGGACGGGGAGAUGUGACGGAUGAAGAAAGUAUCCUGAAAGCACUCAGGAACAAGUGGUUACAGUACGCUGCACUAGAUGUCCACAACCCCGAGCCGCUGCCUGCCAGUAGCCCCCUGUGGAGCGAGCCAGGGGUCAUCAUCACACCCCACAUCUCCGGUGGUCUGAUACUGUACCCUGGGUACCAGGAAGAUAGAGCCGAGCUAUUUGUGAAACAAUAUCGCCGCUAUGUUAACAACGAACCACUGGAGUACGUGGUUGAUGUGGACAGAGGCUACUGACGACGUGCUGGAUUCCCUUCCCUACCGCCAGGAAGGAUCCGAUUGUAUUUACAUUUGUUUUAGAAUGAACAGACCUGUGGUUGUACAGUCAACCAUACCUCCCUACAUCUCAACUCGUCAGCAUAAUGUAUACCUGCAGCCGUUCUUUGUUGUUUCUUGUGUUCGAUGAGACAAAAUAUACAUAUGAUUUCUAAGGUUAAGAAUUGGAAUUUACAAACUGUUAAGAAUGAUAUACACAUGAAAAGGGAAUAGCGAAUACAUGCUGAACAAAUGGUAUGAGUUUUAUUGUUCUACCACCUACUCCGAUGUAGUCUUUUGAGGCAUCCCCGAGCUCAGUCAUAUGAGUGUAUUGUGUGUUACGUCAGACUGUGCGUUGACACUAUAUCCCGUCUAAUACAGUGUAUAUAACACA